AUGGAGCCAAUGGAAUUUGAUGCCGCACUCGGUGGAAACGAGCAUCUUCCACAUUCGGCCAAUAGUUUAAAAUUCGCCUCUUCUAGAAGCGUAGAAAUAGCGGCAAUGACUGAAAGUAUCCUUCAUCCAAGUAAAACUAAACUAAUAUUUCAAUCCUUACCCAUACACAUGCGGCGAAGGGUGAUGAGCCAUAAUUGCAAACGCUUACCUAGGCGAUUACGAGAAGGUCACUUAGAACAACUUAAAAAGAGUGGUCAGCCACCAAAACAAAAACGGCCCUCUAGAAAGUAUAGACGAAGACCAACAAAUUUAUUAGAAGAAUAUAAUAGGCGACAACGAAGGAAUGUUUGGCUAGAAACACACAUCUGGCAUGCUAAAAGGUUCCAUAUGAUAGAACGUUGGGGACACCGUCUAGCUUAUAGACCAUGUGAUAAAGCAUUUAGGGCCUGCUAUCGAGCUACUUCAGCUCACUGUCUGUUGCAAGAUAUCUCUUAUUACACUCCUAUCCAAGUUAAAGGACCUUUUGAUACCAUCAAAGACUUGUUUAGUGAUGUCACAGAUAGUAGCUGUGGCCUUAGUGUUUGCGCAAAAGCAUAUCUUAGUGGUAGUAGAGAGGGCACAAUUAAAUUAUAUAUGCCUAAUUCUUAUCCUUACGAAUUUAUUGGAAAAAUUGAUUUUUUUUGGAACACUUUGUAUAAUAAUCAAAAAGAAUUAUGGCUGUUUGUACAUCCUUCACAAGUGAAAAUAGUCGAACAAGUUCUUUCCGAAUUUGUAAAUAGAACAAAAACCUGUCAGUUAGAUGAAACAUCUGAAGAUAUUUGUGCUAAAAGAAGAAAAAUAUCUUCAAAAUAUUCUGAUAUUAAAGUUCAUACAAUGGCUGGCCAUUUUAACAGGUUCCGCUUAACAGGACCUAAAAGUCACGCAGUUUUGGUUCAUUCCCUUAAAUGUGUGGAUAACAUUGAGAUUGUUAAAUCUAAUGAUUGGAUAAAACAUAUUACAAAAAAUAACAUAGAUUUAUUACUUAAAGAGAAAAGUGAAUAUUGGAACCAAAUUUCAUCUUUAAACUCACCGUCUCAACUACCUCCAAGAAUGGUAAUUGGUUUGGUAACUAAAGACCCCCGAUGGAGUCGCCCAUCUAAGAGAACAAAAGCUCGAAUAGUUCAAGAUAUUCCAAUUGCAACUGAAAAACUGAUAAAUAUACCCCCAUAUUUGUGCAAAUCACCAUUAUGGGAUAAGUCAGUAUGUGAUAUUGUGAAAAGUAAAAAAAUUACAAAUGCCAAAUUUAUAGCUCAUGUAACAGAGAAACAUUUAGUCCCAGGAGAAAUAAAUGAAGAUGAUCCUGUGCUGCAGAGUAUACCAAUUGUAUUAGUUCAAAGACCUGGGUCUCAACAUUCAGAUUUCAAAAGAAUUGGAUAUGGCAGUGGAUGGGACAUAAUUAUACCUUCUGGUUAUGGACUUCCAUUUUGGUUAACUUUUAUUAUGUUUGGAGCGAGAUCUGGUGGACUUAGAGAAACAGAAAACUUAGCUUUUGAAAUGGGAGAAUGUUAUUUACCACCAGACUCAGAAGCAGGAAAGCUAGAGGAAAAGAGGAUUGAAUCAGAAUUAAAAACCAAGUAUUUCAAAAGACCACCGAGUAAAAGAGUUAAUUACAUAAAACUUGGAGUCCCCAGUCCAUUUAUUUGUCCAUGGAACAUUUUGCUUAAAAACUGGGGUAGCAAUGAUAAUAAGCUAUUUAUUCUCCGUGAAAGAACUAUAUUACACACAUUGCAGGAUUGUCUCGACAAGAAACAGAAAGUACCUAAAAUAGAAAAUUCAGAAAAUUGUUUAAUACCAGUUUAUGUACAAAUAUUAGGAAAAGGUAAUUUAACUAGACACGCAAUGAUAUGUGUACCGGAAACAAAAGAUGUAUCUUCAGGUACAAAAUUAAUGGAACCCCAACAUGAAGACCCUUAUAAACAGUUAAGACAACAAAAACGUCUGGAACAUAAGAAAUUACUUAAACAGACACGGAGAAAACGUGUCAAGUUGAGGAAAACAUGUGGAACUCAAACACUAAAAAGGAAACAAAAUUCAAAACCAUCAGAAUAUGUUGUAGCUAUGAGAGAAUUGUGGCUUCCCUCCAAUGUGAAGUCGAUUCGAAACGUGUGCGUCAGAGAGGUCAUGGGAUUUAUAAUACAAGGAGCCUUCAGUUUCUCUGAAUCUAAAAGUUGUGGAAUCGGCUACAUAGCAUAUAAUGCACUUGUAAAACUAAACAAUAAUGCUUUAAACAAUGUUCUUGUUCGAAACACAACUUCAAGACAGUACAGAAUAGCAAAUUUUUAUAUAAUAAAAUCACCCUAAAAAUUA